UGUUGUCAGUAUUCGUACGAGUCUUCAACAAGUAGGUUGGGACCGACAGCCCGAAGGCAGCGAAAGUCUUAAAUCAACUACAAACAGUGUCCAGCAAGUGAUAUUGAACAAAACGAAUAUUUUACGUUACUUAAACGUUUUCGCUAAAGUGUCGAUGCCGCUUAAGUGCAACAAAUACAAUUCUUUUGGGUGCCAGCAAUAAGUUAUAGUUAAAUACUUAGUGUUUCAAAGAUAUUUAUUCCACAGGACAGGAUUAUAAAAGAGCAAAUACAAAAUGGAAGGUGAGUCCACAGAGUCCACGCAUAAUACUAAGGUGUCCGAUUCGGCCUACUCGAAUAGCUGCAGCAACAGUCAAUCGCAGCGCAGUGGCAGCUCAAAGUCCCGUUUGAGCGGCAGCCACUCGUCCGGCAGCAGCGGCUAUGGCGGCAAGCCCUCUACCCAGGCCAGCAGCAGCGACAUGGCCGUCAAGCGCAACAAGGACAAGUCGCGCAAGAAGAAGAAGGCCAAAUCGCCGGCACAGGCAACAGCAGCAACAACAACAACCAUCAAAUCUUUGGAGCAGACCGAGGAGCCAUUGCUGGUCAAGCCGAACAAUGGCAGCUGCGAACAGCAGCUGGAGCUGCAGGACGCACAACAGCUCGGCGCUCCGACGCCAAGCGAUGCACACGAUGCGCACGGCGAUAAGCCGCAGCUGGAUGUCGACGAGCAGCAGGAUGACCCCCAGGCGGAGCAGAUCCAACAGCUGGAGACGGCAACAGCCGCAACGAUCUCACCCGAUACGAUGUCGGCCAGCGUGACUGUCACCAUCGAUGGCUGCACCAGCAUGGAGAAGACGUGCGAAUGGACCGACCGGCCGGGUCGACUGGAGGCGCAUGCCGCGUGCAUCGGCAAACAGCAGCUGCAGCAGCAGCAGCAUGAUCGCGUCAAGGAGGACAGCUUCUGUUGCGUCAUCUCCAUGCACGAUGGCGUUGUGCUUUUCACCACGGCCAAUCUGAACGAGAUGUUGGGCUAUCCGCGUGAAAUGUGGCUAGGGCGAUCCUUUAUCGAUUUCGUGCACAUCAAGGAUCGCGCCACAUUCGCCAGUCAGAUAACUACAGGCAUACCCAUUGCCGAAUCGCGCUGCAGCCAGUCCAAGGAUGCCCGCACGACGUUCUGUGUGAUGCUCCGGCGAUAUCGCGGCCUAGCAUCCGGUGGUUUUGGUAUCAUCGGACGUCCGGUCAGCUAUGCGCCCUUUCGGCUCGGUUUGACGUUCCGCGAGGCACCCGAGGAGGUGCAGCCGGAUGGCUGCACGCUCUCCAAUGCCACCAGUAUGCUGCUGGUCAUCUCAGCCACGCCCAUCAAGAGCUGCUACAAAGAGCCCGAUGAGUUCCUCUCGCCGAAGGGCCCCAAGUUUGCCAUACGCCACACGGCGGCUGGCAUCAUUUCGCAUGUGGAUACCGCUGCGGUCUCAGCACUUGGCUAUUUGCCGCAAGAUCUCAUUGGACGCUCGAUAUUGGAUUUCUAUCAUCACGAGGAUCUGUCUGACAUAAAGGACAUCUACGAGAAGGUCGUGAAGAAGGGCCAGACCGUUGGCGCCACCUUUUGCAGCAAGCCCUUUCGUUUUCUCAUCCAAAAUGGUUGCUAUAUACUCCUCGAGACGGAAUGGACCAGCUUCGUGAAUCCCUGGUCACGCAAACUGGAAUUUGUCGUGGGACAUCAUCGCGUAUUUCAGGGCCCGAAGCAGUGCGAUGUCUUUGAGAUGUCGCCAAAUGUCACGCCCAACAUACCGGAGGAUGAGCAGAAUCGGAACGCGUGCAUUAAGGAGGAUAUUUUGAAGAUGAUGACGGAAACGGUGACGCGUCCAUCCGAUACGGUUAAGCAGGAGGUGUCGCGUCGCUGUCAGGCACUGGCCAGUUUCAUGGAGACACUGAUGGACGAGGUGGCGCGGGGCGAUCUGAAGCUGGACUUGCCGCACGAGACCGAGCUGACGGUGUCAGAGCGUGAUAGCGUCAUGCUGGGCGAAAUAUCGCCGCAUCACGACUAUUAUGACAGUAAGAGUUCCACUGAGACGCCGCCCAGCUACAAUCAGCUAAACUAUAACGAGAACCUGCUGCGUUUUUUUAACAGCAAGCCCGUCACCGCGCCCGUGGACACCGAUCCGCCUAAAAUGGACUCCUCCUACGUGAGCAGCGCACGCGAGGAUGCCCUCAGUCCCGUGCACGGUUUUGAGGGCAGCGGCGGCAGCGGCUCCUCAGGCAAUCUAACAACCGCCAGCAAUGUGCGCAUGAGCAGUGUAACAAACACUAGCAAUACGGGCACCGGCACCUCCGGCGGUGAGAAUAGCGCCAGCGGCAGCAGUAAUCCGUUGCCGGUCAAUAUGACCCUAACCGAAAUACUGCUGAACAAGCACAACGAUGAAAUGGAGAAAUGCAUGCUAAAGAAGCAUCGAGAGUCGCGCGGACGCACCGGCGAUAAGACCAAAAAGUCCGUCAUCGAGAAAAUGCCCGAAUAUAGCGGGCCCGGCCAUGGUCAGACCAUGAAACGCGGCGGCUCCCAUUCCUGGGAGGGUGAUGCCAACAAGCCCAAGCAACAGCUGACGCUCUCCGCUGUCGUUGUCGCUCCCACAGUGAGCGUCAGCCCGGCCGAGGACAGCCAGACCACUGCCAAAUGGCAGGCGCCAAUGACGGGCAGCCAUUUAUUCCAGAGCAGCUAUAACUUUCCGCAGAGCAUCAAUCUGUGGCCGCCGUUCUCGUUGGGCCUGACAACGCCCACGGUGCACACAACGCACACUUCGAUGGCCCAGAAAAGCUUCUCGCCGCAACAUAAUCUAUUUCCCGCCUUCUACUAUAUACCCGCACCGUUGGCCACUGCCACAGCCGGCAGUGCCGCAGCCCAGACGAGCGUCAGCAGUGCCAGUGCGGCCCAGCACAGUCCGAAGAGCAGCGAGAAUCCGAGCACAUCGCAGCCGGAGGCGACGGCGGCAACUGCCAUGCCAAUGCCAUAUAUGGCCGGUGUUAUGUAUCCACAUCCAUCGCUCUUCUAUGCGUAUCAGCCGAUGCCCUUUCCCAGCGUCUCGGGCGCUGUCCAAAUGUCCGUGCAGUCGAGUGGCUCCCAGUCCAACAACAACAACAAAUCGAUCUAUACGGCACAACAGGUUAAGAUGGCACCCGCGUCGACAACAACCCAAAAGCCGGGCGCCUUUCAUUCCAUUACACCCGCUGAGCUGAACAAACCCGAUGCCCCGGACACAUUGCUGCAUACGGAAACCAGCCCAAAAAUAUCAGUCCAGGAAGCGCCCAAAAAGGAGCUGUCCGAUUUGCCCAGUACAUCGGCUCGUAGAGGUUCGUCAUCGGAUCAACGGAACAAUUCCAACAAUCCAAAGAAAUACACGGAUAGCAAUGGCAACAGCGAUGACAUGGAUGGCUCCAGCUUCUCAUCCUUCUACUCAUCCUUCAUCAAAACCACCGACGGCUCUGAGAGUCCGCCCGACAAUGAGAAGGAGACGAAAGUUCACAAGCUCAAGCCCAUCGUUGAGCAUCCGGAGGAGGACCAGACGCAGCACGGAGAUGGAUAGCAUUCCAAAGGACGGCUCUAGUUGUGUCGAAUCCUGACAUUCAGUUGCAGCAACAACCCAAGCCGCAAGGCCCGCACCCAGACGAGCUUCUCUUGGACACCCAAACCAAACGCUUGAGCAUUAUUUAGAGUUUUCCAUUUCGUGUGUAACUACAUAAAUUUAUUUUCUGAUCAAAUUCAAUUUUGCAAGUGGAGAAGGCAACGUUCAAAAAACAAAAAACAAAAAACAAAAAAUACAUUUACAACAAAUUAUGUGCCCAAGCGACAAAUUUCAUAUCCCAAUAAACGUUGCGAUUACAGAAAGAACGAGAUGGCAAAAAAAGCAA